UGUUUUUUUCUUUUGGCUCCUCAACCAUAGAGUUUCUGGUUCUUCCCUCUCGAGCACGCAUCCCUGGCAGCAUCCUAGCUUUUGCGACGCAUUGGCAGCAAGCCGCCCGGUGAUCCUCACCAGCUCAGCUCACAGCUCAGCUUAGCUCGUACAGCUAGCUACUCACGAGUCACGACUGCCGCCUCUCAUCCGUCCGAUAAGCUACCAAAAUGACGACUGCGAUCCCCCAGGAACCGGUGUGUCUGCUCCAGCGCAUCUGCAAAGUUGCCUCGACGCCGGCGACGACACCAACCUCUGCCCGCUCGAAACCGUCGUACCCACCCGUCUCCAGCAUCCCGCGGACUUCCCCUUCGCGCCUGGCUGCGGCCUCGCCGGACGCACCCUCGUCGCCCGGCGAUAACGACGACGACGCCACCACGCAAUCCACGGUCCUCUACCUCGCCUACGGCUCCAACCUCAGCGCGGAGACCUUCCUCGGCACCCGCGGUAUCCGCCCGCUCUCCCGGGUCAACGUCUCCGCCCCGUCCCUCACACUCGUCUUCGACCUCCCCGGCCUGCCCUACCGCGAGCCGUGCUUCGCCAACUCGGCGCCGCGGAAAGUGCCCAAGCUCCCCGACCCCUCCGACCCGCCCAAGCUCCCGCCCGUCCCGCCGCUGCCGCCCCCGACGUCCUCCGCGUCCCAGUCCGGCUCGUCCGCAGACCUCGGCUGGGACAAGGGCCUCUUCGGCGUCGUGUACGAGGUCACGCCCGAGGACUACGCCACCAUCGUCGCGACCGAGGGCGGCGGCUCCUCGUACGCCGACAUCCUGACCCCUUGCAUCCCGCUCCCGCCCCGCGUCUCCGUCCCCGAGAAGCCGCCCAUCGACAUCCCGCGCCCCUUCCUCGCCCACACCCUCUACUACCCCGAUAUCCCCGACGCCCCGGAUGACGACGACGACGACAAGGACGACCCCAAGAAGCCCCAGGAUCCCCGCAAGAAAUGGUACUGGCGCUUCCUUCGACCCAACCGCCGCCCGGACCCGGCCUACGCGCAGCCCUCGGCGCGCUACCUCAAGCUCAUCACCGACGGCGCCGCCGAGCACGAGCUGCCGGACGACUACCAGCGCUGGCUCGGCGGCCUGCGCGCCUACGCGCCGACGACGUGGCGGCAGCGGGCCGGCCGCUGGCUCCUGACGGCGCUGUUCCUGCCCGUCCUGCUGCUCUUCUUCCUGCUCAGCAAGCGGGCCGCGAACAAGGAGGGUAAGGCGCCGCUGUGGCUCGGCGUGACGCUGGGCGUCAUCUUCCACCUGCUCUGGACGGUGUACGACGUCGUGUUGAAGCCCGUGUUCGGGGAUGGCGAGAGGACGCAGGAUGAGGAGAAGGAGAAGGAGAAGGACGGGGGCGGGGGGACGUUCCGGAAGAGGUCGUGGAGGGGUCGGUUUGCGUGUACUGACGAGGAGAAGGUGGGACUUUUGGAGCACAUGGACUGAAGAAAUCGAGGGGAUUAUCAUCGCGUGCACACACACACACACACACACGCACGCACACACACUACAAUCUUUCGGUACAAUAGCGUUUCUUUUUCUCAAAUGCUACGGACCCACAAAAUCGACCAGAACAACGUCGUCAUUGCUUAACCUGUCUAUAUCCUUUUCCCACAUCCAUGCCGCUGUGGUACAAUCCAGGGAUAUCAAUGUUCAUCUCAUGAAAGUGAGACGGAAAAAAAGACAAAAACCCAUACUCCGGCGGCCGUUCACGCGCGGACGACGUCACGCAUCCUUAGCACCGCCACCUGCAGUACUGUUCCAUAUUAUCCGUAUGCUUUUUAUGCCACAAUAUCUCUCCCCAUCUGCUCUCUCCACU